GGCUUUUGGAGUGGAGAGGAGCGAGAGGAGCGACAGUUUAACUGAGGCAAACUUUAAGCGUAGGAAUGAGUUUAAUUUGAAAAGUUUGCCUACUUGUGAAAUAGUUUUGUUUGCCUGUCUGCAGCUUUUUUAGCGUCAAUGUAGCAUCGUGAUGGGGAUCUGUAACGCUGAUUCUUGCCAUGAGAGACUGGAUCACAGGAGCUUUUAUUGAGAAAUUGCUGGUUUAAGCAAUUUUUGGGUUUUAUUAUUAUGUGGUUAAUCUUUGGCGAGAUUCGCAGCCUUUGGGGCUGGUUGGUAGUUCAACAGCUCCAGUCCUAACCCAGGACCUAGGAACUGUUAAGGCAGAAAAAUGACUGGCAACUCACCACAAAUACAAAUCUGUCCCUACUGCAAAAAGCAGUUUAAACGUCUCAAGUCUCACCUGCCUCACUGUAAGAUGGCAGGUAGUGAAGAUUCAAGAGAAGCUUUGCCUCUUCUCAGAAAAGCCUGUGAUUCUGCUACAUCUGAGCAGCUAAGUACUGAGAAAAAGACACAGCAAAUCAGAAGCUUAGAAACUCCUCCCAAAGAAGAAAGCAAAAAGAGUAAAACUGACUUGGUAACAAAGAAUGGAAGAAAAAAAAAUAUUGGAGUAACUGGAACAGUUGUAAACAGCAAUCUGGCAGAAGACAAAGAUACAGAAAAGAAAAUUAAAAGUGCUAGUGAAAAAUUUCCCCAAACAAAGGAAAAUAAACAAAAAACUUCAGAAGAGUUUUCAGCACCAGUAGAUAAAAGGCUGUUUCCAAAAAUAAAUCUUCCAGAGAAGUUAUCCACAGUCGAAAAAACCACUAGAGCCUCUUUACCUAAAGAAGAGAUUAUACCUGAUCUUAGGUUAGAAUCACUGACACAAAGUAGAAAAGCCACUUCAGAAUCACAUCAGAAACUCUGUGCAAAACAGAAGCAGAACAUAGAGUCACUUGGAGAGCAGCGUGUGUCCCUUUCAACAAAUAAUUUCAUUGAGAGUCUUCAACCAAUUAAUCAAGGUCUUGGUGGCAGAAUAGAACAAAUCACUACCUCUCAUCAUGUGACAGCAUUAGAAAACAGAUCUGAAUCCUCUGGUCAUAAUAGAUUGUCAAAUGAAAAUAUUCUUGAUAACAGUAAGACAGAACAGUGGCCUCUGAAAUCAGGGUCAGAAGGAGCAAACAUUGCUUCGGCCAACAGGCAGCAAAUUAUUACAGGCAAUGUGGACAAGAAGAACAUUUUAGAACUUGAAAGAAAUGUCAAAAGUGGAAGCACAGAAAAUGACAUGUUCUCAAUUAAAACAUGCACAUCACAGGACCGCGUUGUUGUAGACAGCUAUGGAAAGGUUAUCAGAGGUCCAGUCCACUUGCUUAAAAGUAAGUUAAAUGCAAAUUCCUUAUUUCUCAAAGCAGAGGAUUAUCUUAAGGAACACCACAUUGAUCCAGAUCCUAAGCCAAAUAUGUGUCCCACAUUCACAGAAGUUCUCAGAGAAAUGAGAAUUGAUAAAGCUACUACUACCAGUAGCUACUUAAGUGCUUUGGAGAAAAAUGCAUAUUUGAGCUCACGAGCCUUUGAGACAAAAGAAGGUAAAAAUUCAGUGACAGGUUUAAAAAAACUCUCGCUACAAGAAUUAGAAGUCACUACUUUUCCAGAACAAAACAUAAAACUACCUUCAUUAGGACUGGAGUGGUUCUCUGAACUGUAUCCCAAUUAUCAGAGGCUGGCCUCAUUUUUAGAGAGACAAUCAGAGUGGGAUACCAAAAUAUCAGAAGUUCACAUUCUGCUUUGUGGCAAUAAGAAAGUUCCUCUGGCAGAAAAGAACCUAAAGGAUAUCAAACCUGGGGGUCUGCCCCAGGGGAUACUUGGAGCAACAUUCAGAGCCUGGAAUGGAUAUUUGAACAGGAACAUCAAUGUGAAAAAGUAUGGAUUGCCUGGGAUUUCUCUGCUGCUGCUGGGCUUGUGUACCCUUGGCUAUGCCUGGAGAUAUGAUCAUAUUAAAUUUAAGCGGAGGAAAGGUCCGGAUGAAGAUGCAACAGUAUAAAUAUUACACAUUUGCGUACUCAGUCAUGCACCUUACCUUGGAUCUGGUCAGUAAAGUGGACAUUAAUGAAAAUAUUUUGACUAGUAACUUGGCAUCUCUUUAGAAAAGAUAAUCUCCCAUGGUAUGGACAUUUUUUUGUUGAUAAAAAAAAUCUCUAAUCCUGAUUUUUUCUGGGCAGGAUCUGUCUGUUUUGUACCAUUUGCAGUGUUAUUUGCGAUUUCUUUUGACCUGUGGAAUGCAAUUAGAGGAGAAGAUGCUCUCUGGGAUGUCCUCUGCCACCUGGGGCCUCUGCAAGUGCUGGGAGUGGAAGAGUACAGUGGGCCAGGUCCAGGAGAUGGUCUCAGUGGACCUUAGUGGGGGGAGACAAGACAUCCCACUAAGGGUACAUUAGGGCUUAUUUUCUUCCCUGUCCUGUUAAAUAUUUAUGUGAAACUGCUGAGAGAGAUCCUCCGUUGGUUUGGUAAAGAUGACAUCAGUGUACUGAUGAGCCAUAGCUCUUUAUUACACUGGAAGCUUAACUGGGGAGCUGUGGAAGUCCUGAUUUAAAUGGAACAAAGCUGACUGAAUUGAAACCUAACAAGACAGAGUUCCUGUUCUUUUCAUUUAUUGUGAGGCAGGUGAUUCCUUAUAGCAGCUAUCCCCAACCUUUGUGGUUUGGCAGGCCAACACAAUGCACAUGCAGCCCUUGUACGAGCAGUGGGCCAGUGUGCAUGUGAAUACUCACCAGCUCACCGCUCGUGCAAGUUGAGCUGCGUGCACCUGCAAGCUCCAGCCAUCCAUUCACGUGGCCCAAUUCUGAAUAGGCCAGGUUGGGGACCCCUGCCUUAUAGAGCCAGGCUGUAAGCCCUUUUUAGCUUUGAAUUCUGAAACCAACUUUUUGAACCUGAUAUAUGUAGAAAAUAAUUACCAAGAUCUUUAUAUUCUAGAGUAAUCUUCAUUGUUUUCAUCUAGCUGCUACAGACUGAACUUUCCAGAUACUUUACAGGUAUAGUUGUAUAUUUGGUAUUUUGCAAUGGCCUCAGUAAUACGUAUCCAAAAUGUAACUUUGUUAAAAAAUCAGACUUUUUUUAGGAGUGGCUAUUGUGCAAAUACAGACCUUACUAUUGCUGUCCCCUUGAAAGUCCAGUCACAACACUGAAUCAAAGAACAUUCCUGUCUGUGCUUUAGCAGUAGCACAACUUCCAUCCCAAAUAUUCCAAAUCAAGAGUGUCAAGCCAAACUUUCACCUAACCAUCAGCAUUGACAUUUUGUAGAAUUCAUUUCGGUUUGUUCUUUAAUUCAAUGUACUAUUUUGCUCAGGCAUCCUGUCAGCCACUUCCUUGUAUUAAAUCUUGAAGAACGAGGUAAUACUAGUGCCCAGCAGCUUCUUGUAGCCAUCUAAUAAAAUAUCUUCCAGAGGAUUGUCUUGUUUUCAACCAACUAAAGUGUGAAUUGCAAUGGUUAGCCCAGCUGAAAUGGGUUCAUUUCAUGGGUUCAUUUUAGCCCAAAUAUCAGUAUAAUUCAGCUAAAGAUUUGAGACAGGUGUGUUUGGGGAAGCAUGGAAUCAUCUCCAGAUACAGAAAAGGCAUCAUUUGUCAUUGUAUUUGAAGGUAACACACAAGAUACAGGGGAAGCUGUGCCGCAUGCACAAUUUUGCAUUCUAGCACUUUAUUACCACCUACCAUCAGGCCCAUUACUUGCUUCCUGCUCAGUUGUCAAAGUGCAUCAAUGUUAGCACCAGCGAGCAUCUUACAAACAAAGCAGUGCGUGUUUGUCACAAAAUUUGGCCUGUAAAGCACAAUAUUUGGUUGCCUCUCUGACUACUUGACUGGUCAGGUUUUCUAAUGUUGGUGUGUAUGAUUCAUUGGAAGAAAACGAUUAAGCAAGAUACCUUGUUAAGGCCUGCAUCAAGCAAGCAUCACUACCCUCGGGGUCCCUGCUCAGGUAGGUGGGGAUGGGAAGAGGAAUCUCAGGAGACCCUCUGGGUAGUGCUUUCACUGCCAUCUGUUAGCUCAGAAAAGUGGUUCAUUCUGUCUCAGGGAUAUCUUGAAGAAUUUGCUGUUUAUAUCAGGCCUCCCACGCAAGCAAGCGAGAUAAUACGUGCAAAUCUGGCCGACUACAUUACAGAGUCGCCCUGCAAUAAGUUGAGCAACGUAUAAUUUUGUAAUAUAAACACAUUUGAUAAAGAUGCAGUUGCUAUCAUCUACUUUAUACAUUAUAGAUAUUAUUUAGAUAUAAACACCGUAUACAGAAUAGGUAGUCUGGCACUCUUUGGAAGCAGGGCCACCUGUCUAGAAAUAAGGCAGUUUCUUCUGGAACUUCACCCCCCCUCCCCCCCAGGGAGAGCCAGAGCAAACUCACUUCCUUGACUUCUGAUAAAGUGGCUUUCUGUGACUUGCCACACCCCUUAUGACUGUGAAUGAAGAAGAGCCCCUCUUGGCAACUAUUAUGGGAACAUGGAUGACAUGCUUUAAGAAUUCCAAAUAGCAAUAGCAGUUAGACUUAUAUAUCGCUUCAUAGGGCUUUCAGCCCUCUCUAAGCGGUUUACAGAGUC